UUGUGUGAAUUUUUGAUGAGUCCAGAAUCCACAGAGGAUGUUGCUAAAUGUUUUCCACAAUUAUUGCCUGCAUUAAUUUCUUCAAGUAUUUCUAUAGAUAAAAUUUCUUUUGAUGAUGGAGAUCUUCAUAAAUUGAAUUGUGUUAUUUUGGGAAAACUACUGUGCAAGAAUCAUGACUUAUUAGUAUUUGUUCUACAUUAUUUUGAUGUAAAUCCAGCUCCAUUUGACUCUAUAGAAGUUGAUUAUAGCCCUUCUUCAAAGAGACGUAAUAAGCGAAAAAUAGUAUCUUUUACAGAGGUGUCUGAUUAUGAUUUAGUAACUGCUUCUUAUGACAUUCUAUCUAGGGCACCAAUGCACUUUAAAUACACCUGGAAUUGGUCUAAAUUUUAUAAAUAUCUGAUUCAUGAAGAUGAGAGUGUUAGAUGGGUAGCAAUGAAUUGUAUUGCAAUUGUAUUAGGAAUGUCAGAAUUUUGCCAUCUAUCCUGUGUAAGUGAUUUUCUUACAAAAAUUCAAAAAUUUUUGAUUGGAAGUGAAGAAGUUAUCCAAAACAAUAUAAUAUGUGAAGAUACCAAAGAAAUAGCUGAAAUACUUGAUAUACCAUCGGUAGUAUCUAUUGGAGGAAUAUUACUUCCAUUAUUUAAAAAUUCUAAAUGUGAAAAUGAAUUAAAUUUAGUUCCUGUUCCAUCUACACGACAGAACCUGCAGAAUUUGGCUUUUGCAGUGUCUUCUAAUAAAUGCAUAUGUUUACAAGGCACAGUUGGUUCAGGAAAGACUGCAUUAAUAGAAUUUUUAGCAAAGGCUACUGGUCAUGAUGCACAAAAUUUUGCAAAAGUACAAUUAGGUGAUCAAACAGACUCUAAGAUGUUAUUAGGAAUGUACAGAUGUACUGAUAUUCCUGGAGAAUUUUUAUGGCAACCAGGAAUACUGACUGAAGCUGUAUUAUCUGGUAAAUGGCUGCUUUUAGAAGACAUUGAUUGUGCUGCAACAGAUGUUAUUAGUGUUAUUGGACAACUUGUAGAAACUAAAACAUUAUCAGUUCCUGGAUAUAGAGAUUUAAUUCAUGUAAAAAGUGGAUUUCAAUUAUUUGUUACCAGAAGGUUAUCUGUUGGCGGAACACAAAAAUCACUUCAAAUACCAACUCAGAAAGAGUGGUUUUGUGUUAAUGUAGAAUCUUUAUCAAAAAAUGAACUAGUGACAAUAGUUCAGACUCUGUUCCCAGUAUUACAUACAGUGGCUACUAGAAUUGUUGAUGUGUUUUUAUUGUUUUUUGUUGGAAACCAUGAAGAUGAUGUUGUGAAUAGUGUAAGGAAUGCUAGACAGAUCUCUACCAGGGAUUUGAUUAAAUGGUGUUCCAGAGCUAUUGUUGAUAUUGAUGUAUCUUCACCUAUUUCUGCAUUGAAGAUAUUCCAAGAUGCCUUAGAUGUCUUCUGUUGCUCUGUACCUAAUUCUGUGCAACGCUUAAGUUUGGCAGUAGCGGUAGCUCAUAAACUAGGUAUCGUAAAAACAAAGGCAGAAUUUUUUUCUGAAGUAUAUAAACCAUCUGUAAAUCUUCUCAAAGAAUGUUUUAUUGUUGGUAGAGCAAAGUUAGCAAUAAAAAAAUCAAAUAAAGUUAAAAUAGAGCCAAAAAAUUCAAAUUUUUGUUACACAAGACCAUCUUUGUGUCUCUUAGAACGAAUAACUAGUUGUGUUAUUCAGAAAGAGCCAAUUCUAUUAGUUGGAGAAACUGGAACAGGGAAAACGAGUUGUGUUCAAUACCUUGCGCAGAUAACAGGUCGCAAAUUAAUAGUAAUAAAUAUGAAUCAGCAAAGUGAAAGCACAGAUUUACUUGGUGGUUACAAACCAGUAGAUCUUAAACUUUUGAUCCUUCCAAUUCGUGAGGAGUUUGAAAUUUUGUUCCGAUCUUAUUUUGCAAUUGAACCAAAUGCAAAAUUUUUACGUCAUAUUGGGCGUUGCUUUGCAGAUAGAAAGUGGAAGACAUUGAGUACUUUAAUGAUUCAUAGCACUACUGCAGCUUUGAAAAGAUUGAAAUCUUCGCCAAAAAAUCAAAAUGAAAUACAAGUUUUAAAAAAGUGGGAACAACUAGCACAAAAAUUAGAGAAACUUCAAUCUCAAGUACAGAGUCAAUACUCUUUAGCAUUUUCUUUCAUAGAAGGUAGCUUAGUGAAGGCACUGAAGAAUGGAGACUGGGUUUUAUUAGAUGAGAUUAAUUUAGCUACUGCAGAAACAUUGGAAUGUCUUUCUGGUUUGUUAGAAGGAUCAUGUGGAUCUUUGUCUUUGCUAGAGCGUGGAGACAAAGAACUAAUUAAAAGGCAUGAAGAUUUUGCAAUUUUUGCUUGUAUGAAUCCUGCAACAGAUGUUGGUAAAAAAGAUCUUCCUGUGGGUCUGAGAAAUAGAUUUACAGAAUUCUUUGUUAAUGAACUUACAGAGAAAUCAGACUUAGAACUUCUAGUGAGGUCAUACUUAAAUGAUUUAAAUCUUGCACCAGAAAAAAUUAAAAGUAUUGUAAAAUUUUACUUGAAUGUUAGGAAAGAAGCAGAGACCAGUCUUCUUGAUGGAACUGGACACAAGCCACAUUAUAGUUUGAGAACAUUGUGUCGUGCUUUAAGUGUGACAGCACAAAAUCCUUGUGGAAAUGCAUUGAGAUCCUUAUAUGAAGCAUUUUGUUUAAGUUUUUUAACACAACUAGAUAGUAAUUCUUAUCCAAUAGUGCAAAGAAUGAUUGUAAAGGCUGUCUUAAGUGAUAAAAUUGCAAGUUCAGUUAUUGGAACUCCCAUUCCAAGGCCACAUAGUGGGCCUGCAGAGAACUUUAUGUGUAUUGAAGGCUAUUGGAUUUCUAAAGGCAAUCUUGAUCCACAGAUACCAGAAAAUUACAUUCUCACAGAAGUAGUAAAGCAAAAUUUGAAAGACUUAGUACGAGUAGUAUCUAUUGGUAAAAUGCCUGUAUUGUUGCAAGGUGAUACUUCUGUUGGAAAAACCAGUUUAAUAACAUAUUUGGCAAAGGCCUCUGGACAUAUCUGUGUUAGAAUUAAUAAUCAUGAACAUACUGAUUUACAAGAAUAUGUUGGUACUUAUGUAGCUGAUUCUGCAGGAAAGCUGGUCUUUAAAGAGGGUAUUUUAGUGGAUGCUAUGCGGAAAGGAUACUGGAUAAUUUUAGAUGAAUUAAAUUUAGCACCCAGUGAUGUCUUAGAAGCUUUGAAUAGAGUUCUUGAUGAUAAUAGAGAAUUAUUUAUUCCUGAAACUCAACAAGUUGUUAAAGCUCAUGAUAAUUUCAUGCUUUUUGCUACCCAGAAUCCUCCAGGUUUAUAUGGUGGAAGAAAGGUAUUAUCACGUGCAUUUAGAAACAGAUUUGUUGAAUUACAUUUCGAUGAAAUUCCACCUAAAGAACUUCAAGUAAUUCUACAUAAAAGAUGCAAACUGCCAGAAACAUAUUGUAAACAAAUAAUUAAUGUAAUGACAGAACUUCAAGUAAGAAGAAAGAGUACUGCAACUUUUGCUGGAAAGAAAGGAUUUAUAACUCUUCGAGAUUUGUUUCGCUGGGCAGAAAGAUAUCAUCUUGCCCCUGACACUAGAGGUACUUUAUAUGAUUGGAGUCAACACUUAGCUGAUGAGGGAUAUUUGGUUUUGUCAUCGAAAGUUCGUCAUCCAGAAGAAUGUUUACAAAUUAUACAAGUGUUAAAGAAACAUCUAAAAAGAGAUGUUGAUCCAGAAGCCUUAUUCUCACUUUCUGAAAAGACUUCUACUGUAACUAAACCAAUUUUAGAAUCUUUACUAUCAAAGAAGAUUCCAGGGUUUGAACAUAUAGUUUGGACAUUUCAAAUGCGUAAAAUGGCGGUACUUCUCUCAAAGGCCUGUGACUUUAAAGAGCCAGUUCUUUUAAUUGGUGAAACAGGAGGUGGCAAAACUACAGUCUGUCAACUCUUGUCUAUAAUUAGACAACAAGAACUCAGUAUUGUCAAUUGUCAUAUGCAUACAGAGGCUUCAGAUUUCCUUGGAAGUCUCCGUCCAGUUAGAGAACAUAAAGAAAGUAAAAAAUUAUUUGAGUGGGUAGAUGGUCCUUUAGUAAAAGCUAUGAACAAUGGUGGCUUCUUUUUAGUAGAUGAAAUUUCUUUGGCAGACGAUAGUGUACUCGAGCGAUUAAACUCUUUGUUAGAACCUGAACGUAAACUUUUAAUUGCUGAAAAACCAUCGAUUGAAGAAAAUGCAACAGUGACAGCUCAUGAAAAUUUUAUCUUUGUUGGCACAAUGAAUCCUGGUGGUGAUUAUGGAAAAAAGGAACUCUCACCAGCUCUUAGAAACAGAUUUACAGAAAUCUGGUGUGAAGGAUGUGUUUCAUCAAAUGAUCUUAAGUGUAUUAUGGAACAUAAUUUACGUGAAGAAUUUAAAAAAAGUGUUUCUACAGCAAUAAUAGAAUUUAUCAAAUGGCUACAAACUACAGAAAUAGGAAAAAAGCUUGUUGUUAGUGUUAGAGAUAUACUUACAUGGGUCAAUUUUGUUAAUUGUUGUGAAGAUUUAGAAAUAGGUGAUGCUUUCUUCCAUGGUGCAGCUUUGAGUUAUAUUGAUGGGCUUGGAUCUGGUUUGACAGCUGCAGAAAAUUUAAAGAAAUUAAAGGAUUUUAAGGAUUCGGCAUUGAAAUUUAUUGAACAGCAAGUACAGAGUAACUUACACUCUAAAUUAAUAUUAAAUUAUGAGGAAUUUAAUGUUGAAAGUUACAAAGAUAAAUUUGGAAUAUGUCCUUUUUAUGUGAAAAAGGGAAAUAAACAAAUUCCAAGCAAUGUAGGGUUUGCUUUCACAAGUCCAACAACAAAAGUAAAUACUUUGAAAGUUUUACGUGCUUUGCAAUUAAAGAAACCAAUUUUAUUGGAAGGUAGUCCAGGAGUUGGCAAAACUAGUUUAGUUUCUGCGCUUGCCAAAGCAUCUGGACAUCGUCUUCUUAGAAUAAAUCUAAGUGAUCAAACAGAUAUUUCGGAUUUAUUUGGAGCUGAUUUACCAGUAGAAGGAGGGAAACCUGGUGAAUUUUCAUGGAAGGACGGUCCCUUCUUAAGAGCUCUUAAAAAUGGAGAUUGGAUUCUUCUAGAUGAAUUAAAUUUGGCAUCUCAGUCAGUUCUUGAAGGAUUAAAUGCCUGUCUUGAUCAUCGAGGUGAAAUAUAUAUUCCAGAGUUAGGAAUGACUUUUACUGCGAAACCUGGAACUCGGUUAUUUGGGUGUCAAAAUCCUCUUCGUCAAGGUGGUGCUAGAAGAGGGCUUCCAAAGUCAUUUUUGAAUCGUUUUACACAAGUCUUUGUAGACGCGCUUGUACAGAGAGAUUUAAAAUUCAUUUUAAAUAUUCAAUUUCCCGAAUUACCAGAAGAUUUACUGAAUAAAAUGAUUCAAUUUAAUGAAGAAUUGAAUUCUCAAGUUGGAACUACUUGGGGUCAUUCUGGAUCACCUUGGGAGAUGAAUCUUAGAGAUGUUACUAGAUGGUGUGAAAAAACAGUGGCAGAUUUUAAACAGAGUUCAAAGAAGAACUUCAAUCCUGGAAGUGGUGCUCAGCUGUUAUAUGUAGACAGAAUGAGGACAAAUGAAGAUAAACAAAAUGUAAUCAAAAUAUAUAACAAGAUAUUCUCACAAAAUGAUUGGUCUUUACCAAACCCAGAAUUUCCAAUCCACUUGACCAAAGAGAAGAUCUUCUUAGGGAACGAAAUAUUGGAUCGUAGUGAUUCUGCGGUUUACGAAGAUGAUGAUUUGUUGCUUCUGAGGGAGCAGAAAACUGUCCUCAAGGGACUUGCGCAGUGUGUUAACAUGGAUUGGAUGGCCAUUCUCGUCGGAGGACCUGGGACUGGAAAGAAUAGUCUCGUUCAUAUUCUUGCAAAUUUGGCCGGACAAAAGCUCAAAUCGAUCGUCGUAAAUUCUGCGAUGGACACUACAGAAAUUUUGGGCGGCUUCGAACAGACGGAUUACGACCGACACUUGGAGGAAUUGUUGGAGCGCGUGGAAACACUGUUGAUCGGGAUCUUGCGGAAGAAGUUGAAAAAAGAGAGUUUGGAUCAGGUGGCCCAUUAUCAUGCCCUCCUGGAAAAUGUUCGACAUUCGUCCGCAGGGUGUCCAAGCAAUGGUAGUACAACCGGAAAGGGGUGUCUGCAAAAUGGCACAUGGUUACUGUUGGACCAGGUAAAUCUCUGCAGCCCAGCAAUCUUGGACCGAUUGAAUGGGUUACUGGAACCAAACGGCGCGCUAACGAUUGGCGAGAAGGGCGUCGAUCAAGAAGGAAAUGUGUUCACCGUGAGGGCUCAUAAGAACUUCCGGUUAUUCCUCACUAUGGAUCCUCGUUACGGAGAGAUAUCCAGAGCUAUGCGAAAUAGGGGUGUAGAAAUCAGCGUGCCAACCCCUCAACACGUCAUGCCACUCAAUCCAUUGGACGUGGUAUCUCUGUUGAACAAUUGCGGCAUCAGGAAGAUUGACCACCAAAAAUUACUGCUGAAAAUUCACGAGAUCCUGUACGACAAACAGUACAAAUUGAACGAAAUGUUGCAUGUGGCAUCGUUCACUAGUCAACAGAUGUCGAAAGGGUUUGCAUUCGAGAAAUCCUUAAGAAAUUCCUAUUGCGAACUUUGUGGAACCUUCGACGCAAAAUUGAAACAGGAAGCUUUGAGAAAAAUCGACGAUAUUUUGUCAGAAACUUCCGGAAGCGAGGGAUCCGAGUUCUAUUACGACCUGAAUUCAGUGACCUUGAGAAUAUGCGAUCUCAGGAGGAACUCGAGAUUGGCGAUGAUCAAGCAGCAAGGCUUCCUUAUGAGAUCUGCUGUGGAGAAACUCGAGUAA